AUGGAUUUAUCCUCCCUUUUCUCAUCAAAACUUCUGCCUCUCCUUGGAGUUGCAGCGAUCUACCCAGCGGCUAAGUUAAUUCUACAACAUAACAAGAAGCGAAAGGAUGACAGAGUGCUUUUUGCUGUUAAAAAAGUACUGUCACAGAAUAAAAUCCAGGUAGAAAGUUCUAAGGCUGAUCCAAGAUCUCGGUCUGAUUUCAUGCAUGAUCCAUAUUAUAUACCAUGAAAGAGAUACACUGACGAAUUCAUUAUACAGGUGAUUUCUGACGCUUUUUAUGAGAUUUUGAUGAUUUUAUUUGAGAGAGAAACCUCCCUCAGAGAUGUGCGGAUGAAAAUCUUCAACCAAAUCGGCAAAAAAUCAGGUUUCACUGAUCAAGAAUAUCAGGAGCUCAUUAACAUCCAGCUUGAAAUCAGAGAUAAUCUGUUUAACAGAAUGAUUGGAGAUCUAUCCAAAUAUCUGAACAAAAAGAAAUCUGACCUUGAAAAGUUGAAAUCUACUGAAGAAUAUUGGCAGAAAACAGAUGAAGCAUAUCAAAGAGCGAUGAAGAAGCAGAAGCAGCUCCUCUCGGAGACAGUUCAAGACUCUCUUUCUCUAAUUGAAGCACAGUUUAGUGACUACAGACUUAAAGAAAUGGACGAAUAUAUCAAAGACACAGAGAGGAUGAUUUUUACCAGCUUUAUGCAGAGACCAGAGUUUGAAACCAGAAAGGCCUUCCAAAAGGAAUUCCUCAAAUCAAUGAUCAUCAGAAGUGAUGAGUUUUACAAAAAGUAUUCCUUCUCUUUGGAAUACAUGGAGGCUUACUUUAAAUAUACCCAGAACGAGUAGUCAA